AUGUCCGGCCGGGGUAAACAGGGAGGGAAGGCACGGGCCAAGGCCAAGUCGCGCUCGUCGCGGGCUGGUCUGCAGUUCCCGGUGGGCCGCGUCCACCGCCUCCUGCGGAAAGGCAACUACGCGGAGCGGGUGGGCGCCGGCGCCCCGGUGUACCUGGCGGCCGUGCUGGAGUACCUGACGGCCGAGAUCCUGGAGCUGGCGGGCAACGCUGCCCGCGACAACAAGAAGACGCGUAUCAUCCCCCGCCACCUGCAGCUGGCCAUCCGCAACGACGAGGAGCUCAACAAGCUGCUGGGCAAGGUGACGAUCGCGCAGGGCGGGGUGCUGCCCAACAUCCAGGCAGUGCUGCUGCCCAAGAAGACCGAGAGUCAUAAAGCCAAGAGCAAGUAAACAAAGCUGGGGGAGGUUUCCCUGGCGUACAGUCCAAACCCAAAGGCUCUUUUCAGAG